CAGGUAUCUGCCAUCAGGCCUCAGGAAGUCAUUAAGAAAGAUUGUGAUUUCAUGAAUACAAUGCAGCAGGUAAGUAGACAUGCAUGCAAAACAAGAUAUCAUCACAGGAUUGUUCCAAAUAGAAGACUUAGUUUGGAUUUAUGGAUCUUAUGAAUCUAAUUUAUUUCAUUCAUUCUGAAAUGUGUCCAUAAAUAUUCUUCACAUCAGUUCAGAUUAUAAUUUAGCCCCAGAUAGUUCAGAUUUGCAUGUAUGAAUGAUGGCUGGUUGAUCCUUUUUGGUUGUUUAAGCGAGACAGGGACAAUUCCAAGCAGACACUGAUGUUUGUGCAUAGAGUCACUUGUUUUCUGCACUACAGCCUCUUGCCUACAUGGAUUUUAAAUUUGGGACAAUUUGGUAUUGUGCAAAUAGUAUGUAGGAUACUAUAUUGUAGAUCUUUCAUGCAGGUAAGUUUUGUUCGCCAAUAGAUAACCAACUGCAAUCAUCAUUGAACCAAUAAAGGCAAAACCUUUUGAUGCUAUACCUUAGCUUUAUGUAUGUACAAUUGUUCUUAAAAGAAAGGAAGGAGAUUAUUUCAAAAGCAGUAUGCAUUAAUGCAAAUGAUGAGUAAGCACAUUGUUGUUUUCCCCUAGGGUUACAGUGCAUGUUUUGACAAGGGCAAAGGGCAAAACAUGCCUUUUUCCAGUAUGGCUAUGCCAGCUAAACCAAGACAGGGUAUUUUCUAGAACACAACACUUGCUACAAAAUUUCAACACAUCUUAUUGGCAAUUGUCGUACAUGGUAUGAAUAAUUAAUUAUUGUCCCUCCUCUAAAGACGUUCCCAAGAGGAAAUUUGUGCCACCAAUGGAAAAAGAUGAGUUUGCAAAUGAAAGUAUUAGCACAAAGCUGGAGGAACAGAUGAGUGAAAAUGAGGAUUUGAGGAACAAAGACAACGCAACCAGGAACUUGUGUAAUAUACUCAAACAUACCUUUCAGCGGUCUGCUGAGAAAAUGCAUCUAUUUGAAUCUGAGAGAGAGGAAACACAUCACCUUUUUAUGGAAAACAGUGAGCGUAUUCAGAAAAUAGUUGCAGUAUUUGAAAGUCUUCAAAUUCAAGUAGAAAGCGACCAACAAGAAAUGCGGAAAGUAAACGAGGGCCUUCUCCAAUUUGAGGAAAUGAAAGACAAAUAUCGUGCAGAAUAUAAGCUGAAGGAGGAAGAGGUUGCAGGGCUUCAAACAAAACUUGAGAGAAAAGAAAAUGAACUUCAGAAAAUCCAUCUUGACCUCCAUGAAACCCAAAAGCAUUGCAAACAACUCCAAUAUGAAACAGAUCAACAAUAUAAACUUCUCAAAAGCUCAGAAUCUGAUCGGGAAACUCUUCUUCAAAAACUGCACACCGCUGAGCAUGACUAUGAGAAAACGCAGAAACAAUAUGAAGCCAGUGCUACAGCCAUGGAACAGAGAAAAGCAGAAUAUGCACAGAUCCUCCAAAGCAAGGAUUUAAGCUUGCAAGAGCUCAACAAAUUUAAAAAUCAACAAGCAGAGAAGCAGGAACAGUUUCAGACAACCAUUAAAGAUCUACAGAAGGCAUUGGCUUUAGAGAUACAAAGAUCUAGACAAACUGAUGGUGAAUUAAUGGCGAACAUCAAGGAAGUUGAAAGGACAAACACCCUUUUAUGUGAAACCAUGGAGCAGAGUACAAAGAAGGAUGGGCACAUCAAAACACUUGAAGAUGAGCUGGACAUAAAAUCAAAAUCCAUUGACUCUCUGAAGGGUAAGAUCCAUGAAAGUGAAGUUAUAGUGAAGGAACUAACAGCCAUGCUUUCGAAGAAAACAAAAGAAGCAGAGAUUGCCUUAAGUGAAAAUGAUCUACUUAAGAAGGAAUGUGAAGCUUCUGAAAAGGCACAAGAAGAUUUGAAGAAGUUUGCUCUGGCUGAGAUCAAAAUGCAGGAGCUUGAAGAACAGUUGUUGACUGAAAUAAAGAAAAAUCAAGAGCACGAGGAGCAUUUGAGGAGAGACAUCACAUUGCAUGAAGUAAAAUAUGAAGAGCUCUUGUCCAGCUUUAAUGAGCUUCUGUCUGAGAAGAUGGCCCUUCAACAGCAAUUGGAGAGUGGAUCCUCUAAUGUGAAAGAAACUGAGGCAAAUAUGAAGGCAAGUGAGGAGAAGACUGUGAAGCUCACAAGAGAAAUUCAAAGAUUUGAAGAAGAAAACCAAAGCUUGAGGGAGGAAGUAAACUCUCUUAAAACCCAAGUCCAAGGGAAAUGUCAAAAAACUGAGAUGCUGGAGAAGAUAUUGGGAGAAAAUUGUGAACAUCUGCAGGAGAAAAUUACAGAAAAGGAAAAACAAAUCAAAACAAUGGAAACAAAGGUGAACAAUCUCAGGAAGAAAAUUGAGAAUAAACUUAAAGUCCAGGAGGAAUACCAAAAAGAGAAUAAAAUGCUAAAGAAACAAAUAGCAAAUGCAGCUGCAAAAACCAAACAUCUUGAAAAUCAGAUCAGCAGUCUUCAGGAUGAGUCCCAGAACCUUAGAAGACUCCAUGAAGAGGAACAGCAGAAACUCCUUAAGGAUCUUGAACAUAAAAUGAGCUCUGCAACAGAACUUGACAAUGAGGUACAAAAGCUCAGGUUAACAGCAGUGGAGGCCAUUAAGAACAGGGAAGAUGUAGAACUCAAGUGUCAACACAAGAUUGCAGAUAUGGUCACACUCAUGGAGAAGCAUAAGAGCCAAUGUGACCGAAUGGUUGAAGAAAAGGAUGCAGAGCUGGAUAAAAACAAGAAGAAAGAGAUGGAGGCUGUUGCCCAAAGUAAAUCACUGGGGCUGGAUCUCUUAAAGCAUCAGACUGAAAAUUAUCAGCUGAAGAAACAGCUGAAGUCAGAAAGAAAACAGAUGGAAAACUUACAGAAGGAGCUAACUUGUUUGAAGAAAGAGGUGUCAUUGAUAAAAAUCAACCAGCCGUCAGACGCAAGAAGCAAGCAGUCACCUGCUUCAAACGUUAAAAGAGGAAGAAGGUGUUCAGAGACUCCAAAAGCGAGUGCUGCAAAGACACAUGUGUUUGACUUCACCAUGAGCAGGAAUACACCCACCUACAACAGAGAUGGUGGAAAUGCUGCACUUUCAAAGAGUAUGAUGAGCCCAAAGGACAUUGGGAAUGAUGACGCAAGACCUCCUAGACGUUUGAGCCACAGAACCUCAAAGAUCAGGUCCUACAGAAUAAGAACACCACCCUCUGGUGAAAAAGCAGCACUUUUGGGCAAGGUCACAGUUGAGCUCGACCCCAAGUCUGACAGCCCAGAUCAAAGUGAUCUCUUGACCUUUGCAAAUAUAUCUGCUGUUCCAUCCUGCAAACUCAACAUCUCCCAAAAGAGCCCCAUCACUCACAAAUCACCAGGGAACCUCUUGAAGUUGGCUGCAAUGAAACGUAUGAGAGAUGCUGGUUGGACUGCAGUCACUGGCCGUGACAAGAAAAAGAGGAAAAACAACGAGACAGUCUUUGCUUAAGUGUAGUCCUGUUACUGGUCAGAUAUAUAGUAUUUAUGAUAUAUAUAUUACAUUGGUUUAAGAGUUCAUAUUCCAAUGGUCUUCAUAUGCAUAUAGAUGAUAGUGUUCUGUUAAGGAUUCGAUAGACAAUAUUGAUCUUUAAAGUCAAGUUUAUUUCUAAACAUGCAGAGACAGUACUGUUAUGAAUUAGUUGAACAGUAUUACUAUUGGUAUUGU